AUGUGGCCGGCGGCGCAGAACACCGUUGACGCGCCGGUCAAAUGGCCGCAGGCUUCCGAGCCGAACCAGACUGGCUUCUCGCUCGCGUUCGACACCGACGAGUCUUUCUACGCCGCUCUAGGCGAGGAUCCCGAGCGAGCGCGUCGUUUCGGGGGCGCCAUGAGUUGGUUCACGCAGGGCGACGAGUACUCGCUGCGCCACCUCACGGACGGCUACCCCUUGGGCGCGCUCGGCUCCGGCAGCACCGUCGUCGACCUGGGGGGAUCGUACGGCGAGACCGCGUUCGCCGUCGCGUGGAAGUUCCCCGACCUGCACCUGAUUGUCCAGGAGCUGCCCGAGGUCGUCGCAAACUCCAAGGAAGAAGAGGGUGUGGACGUCAAGUUCAUGGCUCACGACUUCUUCCGGGAGCAGCCCGUCAGGGGGGCCGACGUCUAUAUGUACCGCUGGACCUUCCACAACUGGCCGGAUAAGUACUGCGUGCAGAUCCUCAGGGCGCUCAUCUCGGCCCUCGAGCGAGGGGCUCGUGUGGUUGUCAUGGACUCUGUCAUGCCGCCUCCGUCUGUGCUUCCGGACGACAUGGAUAAGAACAUGAGGGCCGUAGAUCUGACUAUGUUGGAGAUAGAAAAUGCUAGGGAACAAGAUCUGGAAGAAUGGAAGAGCCUGUUUCUGCAGGCUGACUCCAGGUUUGCGUUUCAAGGGGUGAAACAGCCUCCUGGCUCUUAUCUGGCUAUCCUUGAGUGUAUUUGGCAAGUGUAA